ACAAGUUUUCUGAUGUAUUUGCUUGCACCUUCUUCCCCUGCUGUUUGGUGAACCCAGCCCCCCUCUCCCCCCCCCACCGGUCUCCCAAGGAUGGAUCAUUCCCAGUGCCUUGUGACUAUAUACGCCUUGGUGGUUCUGCUGGGUCUCCGGCUAGAGCAAGGCGCCUGCCAGCACUAUCUGCACAUCCGACCGGCUCCCAGCGACAACCUGCCCUUGGUGGAUCUAAUCGAGCACCCGGACCCUAUCUUUGACCCCAAGGAGAAGGAUCUUAACGAGACCUUGCUAAGGAACCUCAUGGGCGGACACUUCGACCCUAACUUUAUGGCUAUUUCCUUGCCCGAGGACCGGCUCGGAGUGGACGAUCUAGCUGAGCUGGACUUGCUGCUCAGGCAGAGACCCUCGGGAGCGAUGCCCAGCGAAAUCAAAGGGCUGGAGUUUUACGACGGGCUGCAGCCGGGCAAGAAGCACAGGCUGAGCAAGAAGCUGCGCAGGAAGCUGCAGAUGUGGCUCUGGUCCCAGACCUUCUGCCCGGUCCUAUACACGUGGAACGAUCUCGGCAGCCGCUUUUGGCCCCGGUAUGUCAAAGUGGGCAGCUGCUACAGUAAAAGGUCUUGUUCAGUCCCAGAAGGCAUGGUUUGCAAACCUGCCAAGUCCGUGCAUUUAACGAUCCUGAGGUGGAGGUGCCAGCGUCGGGGAGGGCAGAGGUGCACAUGGAUACCCAUCCAGUACCCCAUCAUUUCGGAGUGCAAGUGCUCCUGCUAGGGCUUGCACUUACCUUUUCUCGCCCCUUCUCCAGCGGACUCACGUGGACCUUUGCUGCAACAAAAAUAAAAGACAUUUGCUUUCUGGUUAACGUUGUAAUGCACUGUAACGUGUAGGAGAAUGUAUAUUGUGUGUAUAUAUGGCACCGUUUUAAUAUACUAUUAAAAGGUCAGUAUUAUACGUGAAAUAAUCAGCGUCUACUGUAUUUUUAAGACUAUUACUCUGA